AUGCAUGAACUGCAGAGGCACAUCGAACUCGAUGGACGCUGCGUUUGCUUUCUUUUUAAUCCUUUAUACGACAGGUUCGGCGAGAAUACGAAGGAAAGGACCAUCCAGGCAUGCACAGGAGCAAUUGAAAGUAUGUUGUUAGCAGGUGUCACUUCGAGAGCCGUGAUGUCGGUUGUUCCGGCCAAAUGCAAUCUUGUGUCAGCAAGCUCGGCCCCGGGCCAACCAUCCUUCGACCCUGUUAUCGCGUUUGCGAUUGAGGACCUUCAGUUCGGCUCUCCGAACCACGGCAACCCUAGUCACAUCUCUAGUUACGGCGUCCUUCCGAUCGCAAGUCUUUGCCCAAUAUUCAUUUCCCUCAAUCUGAGCUGUUUGGCGAUCGGUAUCAAGGAAAACUAUAGAAAAGACGCUCGAGUCUAUUUCUUGUUUGCCGGUAUAACUACGUCAUCGUUCGGAAGCGCGAAGAAGCUUAAGCUUCUCUCAAACUUGCAGGACUACUGUGCCCGUUGGAACUGGGUUUUCUCAAGGCACUCCGACAUUCACGAUGAGGACCAGCUUGCAGCCCAGUUCACCGGAUUCCUGCUUCAGUUUUUGGAGGUCUUUAUUGAACUCAAGGGAAAGAACUUUUAUCUAUCGGGAGAAUCGUAUGGUGCGGCGUGGUGCAACAACAUUCAAAGUCCACACAUCUUUUCUUUUUCUAACAUUAACCCAGCCGGAUUCUACGUUCCGUAUAUUGCGAACUACUUGUAUGAAAACCCUGGAUUGGUCCCCCUUAAUACGAAGGGGAUCUGGAUCACUGACCCUUCCGUCUCAUGGGACAUUCCUGCCUACAACUUAAUUCGCUAAUAAUGGGGGACGUUUUCGCCCUCAAUACAUGAACGCUCAAGGCCAAAUCGGAUUCCUGCGGCUUCACAAACUAUGCGGCAACCUACGCCACAUACCCGCCUCCACCGGGACCGCUUCCUGUGCCUUCGCAAGCAUACGUACCAGGAACCAUACCAAAUUACGGGGAACAUUACCGAUGGAUGUUUGUUAUGGGAUGAUAUUGCGAAUGCCACUCUGAUGGUGAAUCCGAAUUUUAAUGUUUAUCGGAUCUUGGAUGUAUGUAUGGCCUUGUUCUGGGCUUGUUCUCGGAUUUCCGGGAUCUUUCACCAAUUAUCAAGCAAGUUUUAAUCAAGGGGCUCAAAAGCGAAUAGGUGGCUAAUGUGCUUUUGACUAGUCCCCUGUUUACUUUGCUCGAAGGGAUGUCCAG